CGGCGGCGGAGGCGGAGGCGGCGGCCGGCGACGAGGCGUGGUGCCGGGAGACGGUGCCCCGGGUGAUGGAGCUGGUGAGCCCGCGCCUCCCCCAGCGCGACGCCUGCGCCCUGCUCGCCGUCAGCCCCUGGUGCCACCGCGCCCUCGUCGCCAACCCCAAGCUCUGGGAGGUGCGGUACCGCGUCGCGUCGCUCCCUUCUACCUUCUUCGUCCUCCCGCUGCUUGCUCUUGGUCUCGACUCUCGAGGCGUGCUUCUUCGUUGUUUCGCGCUGCUGAGGAAGUGGUCCCUCGCCUGGGCUUCGUCGCUGGAGUGGCCGGUGAUUUAGCUCGUGUAGUCGGUGCUUGAUCUGCAUGAGAUGAACAAAGCUGGUGACCGACUUAUUUCAGCGAUAUCACUGCCAAGAUAUUGUCAUCUCAAAAUUAUUAACCUUGAAUUUGCUCAAGAUAUUGAUGACCGGCAUUUUGUUCGCCUGAAAGAAAUGGGAUGUACCUCACUGCAAGAGUUGGAAUUAUUGAACAUAAACGCAUGCCAAAAAGUUUCUGACAAAGGGAUUGAAACUAUUACAAGUCUUUGUCCAAACCUUCGGGCCCUUUCUAUCUAUUGGAUUGUUGGACUGACAGACUUAACCAUUAGGCACAUUGUGCAGAACUGCAAGCACAUAGUCGACCUGAACUUGAGUGGUUGUAAGAAUAUCUCAGAUAAAGGUAUGCAGCUAGUUGCUGAUAAUUAUGAAGGACUAAAGAAGUUGAACAUAACCAGGUGCAUCAAGUUGACAGACGAUGGACUUCAAGAAGUGCUUCAGAAAUGUUCUUCUCUUGAAAGCUUGAACCUUUAUGCCCUGUCAAGUUUUAGCGACAAGGUUUAUAAGAAGAUAGGAUCUUUAACUAACCUUACAUUUCUAGACUUAUGUGGGGCCCAGAAUGUAACUGAUGAUGGCCUUUCAUGUAUAUCAAGAUGUGUAUGUCUGACAUAUCUCAAUUUGUCCUGGUGUGUACGUGUUACUGAUGUUGGGGUGGUAGCUAUCGCACAAGGAUGCCGGUCCCUUCAAUUGCUUAGUUUAUUUGGAAUAGUUGGUGUAACUGAUGUCUGCCUGGAGGCUUUGUCAAAACAUUGCUCACGUAGUCUCACAACUCUUGAUGUAAAUGGCUGUAUUGGUAUUAAGAAGAGGAGUCGGGAUGACCUGAUUCAGCUGUUCCCGUUGUUACGGUGCUUCAAAGUACACAGCUAGUUGACCUGAAUUUCUGUUAAGUUGUUUAUUCUACCAGAGGUCAGUUCCCCCUGUUAACAUUUAAAACACAAUCGAGUUACUCCAUGAAGAAAAACAAUAGCAAGACAGUUUUGUCGACCUAGUGGCUAUAUGUAUUUUGAAUUUGGUGGAGAUCACAAAGAUUUUGUAGAACUUGUAUUUGAUUUUCUUACAGUGGUGGGAAGUUGAUCUGUUUGUUUCUGGUCCUGAUGCUUUGGAGUGUGUAUAUCCUGUAUGUGAACGCAUAUAUUAUGUGUGAACCAAAGGUUUUUUAGGGUGUGCUUGAGGAGCUCCUGUUAGGACC